UGAUUUUUAUGUUUCAGUGAAAACAUGCCUUAUCAUGGACUUAUUACUAACUUUUAAAUUUGUACUUUCAGACUUACAUAAACUUGCCACGUUUAUUUUCAUUGUUCAUAUCAUAAGAAUAGCUGAAGGUCAAUGUACAAGCGAUACAAGGCCCCUCGUUUUAAGUUCAUCCAACUCCAUCCAAUACUUCUCCUCUCCAGCGUAUCCGGCUGACUAUCCUCCGAAUGCGGACUGUACCUGGCACAUACAGGCCCCGAAUGAAUACGACAAGAUUAUUUUGAAUGUAGAGCUGUUCCGUACACAACAAGAUGAGUUUCUCAAGAUAUAUGAUGGCGGAACUGUGACUGGAACACUAUUGGCAGAGAUAGAUGAUACAAAUCAGAAACAGUCCAAUGCAUUUGUUAGUCCUGGUGAUGAACUGUAUUUCACGUUCCAAUCUGACGGGGAAAAUGAGGCUACUGGUUUCAAUAUUCUUUUCUUCUCGAAUCAAUCAGCCAAUCAGCAUGCGUGUGGCGAGACUAUAACAGUUUCAUCAGCACCACAGAUAUUUAUGUCCCCGAAUUUACCAAAUCAGUUUACAGCCGACGAUGGUUGUAAUUGGCUUUUCACAUCGGCCAGUGGAGCCAUUUCGUUUCAGAUAUUUUUGGCUUGCAGCCACGGCUGCAAGCCCAUUUGUUUUGGAAAACUUGUUCCGGUUAGGUGGUUUCCUGCUUACAUUUGUUAGUGCAUGAUUGAACGAGAAACCAACUGCAAUCGUGCCAAUCGCAACUUUUUGGCCCUUUCCGUCACUCUUCGGUUUAAUGAUUAUAGCCGAUGUAGUUCCGAUUGCAAUCGUGACAAUUCGGGCGAUUCCGUCAUACUGCGGAAUCAGACGAGGUAAUAUUACGGAAAUCUAAGCUAUUUUAGUUACUUCGGUAAUCCCAGUUUGUUUAUAUAAAUAGGAUUCCUAUUUUUACUUGAUUUAUCGGUUUAAACCGUAAUAAAUUAUAAACGAAAUUGUUACGUUUCAAUUCUUUUUCAAGACGCAAAAGUUAGUUUCUUUUAUAAUUGUUUUUGUCUGUAUUAGUUUUGUAUGUUAAUUGACAUAUAUACCUUAUACAAUAGAGGAUGGUUACGUCUCCAAAGGGUGGUCUUGCUUACCAAAUCACAGAGAAUAUUAGUGCAUGAUCGAGUUAUAUUUAGAUCUAAUGAACGCAGUAAGGUAAUCUAAAAAUAGCCCAUGCAUAUCAUUAACCUUACCGUAUCUGUGGUUGUGUAACAUAGUUGAUACAUGCUUAUUAAUUGGUACCACGUAACGAAGUAUUUUAGUGCAUUUACUUGUCCAUAAAGAUGCUAUAUAAAUGAAAUUAGCAACUGCCAAAACGAAUGAUU